CAUUAUCUUUAUUUGAUAUAAAAUAGGUGUAUGGAUGAAAGAAAAAUAAAUUAUUACUAGAAAAGGUUUCGCUGAACUGCAAAGAGUAUUACGCAAUCCUCACUACAGCAUGCUUGGUAUCACGUGUGAUUUACAUUUGUGUAGCAUAAACGAUUUCAUCACAUUCAAUUUUUAACUUACACCAAAACACAGCGACAAAGUCCUUUUCAUUAAGAAUACGUUCUAGUUGUUUUGCAGUAACCUCCUCAAUCACUGACUCGGCUCCUUUCUGAUGAUGAUGUCCAGUUGAUGAUGAUGAUGAUGAUGAUGAUGAAAUAGUCUUUCCACCACGAUUAGCACUAUUAUCAUCUUGACGCACAUUUUUAGCGCCUUCUACGCCGCAAUUUGUGCUACUUAAAAUCACCAGGACACCGAGGAUAAGGAAGAGGAAGAAUACACUUGGCCUCGGCAUCACCGUGCGCCAGUAUCGGCACCCCGUCGAACCGUCGUUCACCCUCGACAUCGCCGCACUGACUGCGAUAGUUAUUUUUGAUUUUCGGACAGCGUCCGCCCUAGCUGAGUAUGAGCUCGCGUGAUCCAAAGCGCCGUCGCCGGAAUAUACCCUGCAGAGGGGAAAUCAAAUCAUGAUCAUCAUUCAAAAAUUAUUGACAUUGGUCCUCUCAACGAAAUUUAUCAUGAAUCAAAGCUCUUUUAGCAGCUACACCAAAUUCACUCGUGGUAUAAUUCAAAAAGGGUGAGGUUGAUAAAAAUACAUUUCAAUGACGGAAAGACGAUGCUUUGAGUGAUUUUAUAAAAAGACACAUCCCUACCUAUCGUUAGAAGCGUCAAUAAUGAAAAUUUAUGGAGCUAAAAUAGGUAGGAGCGCUCAGUGCAUGUGCUUUAGCUAAACGUGGUCAUCGUGUUCGUAUAUAUGAAUAUCGGUCUGAUAUAAGAAUUGAAGAAUCAAGGGGUCAAAGUAUUGACCUUGCUCUUUCUGUUCGUGGUCGCCAUGCUUUAAAGCUUAUCAAUCUUGAAGAUAAAAUAAUAAAUCAUCAUGGAAUUGCAAUGCGAGGAAGAAUGCUUCAUGGAAAAGACGGACAUCUUCAGGAAAUGAUUUAUGACAGCGUAAAAAAUAAUUUGCUCUAUUCCGUCAGUCGAAAAUAUAUGAAUCAAGUCCUAUUGGAUGCUGCCGACAAAUAUCCUUCAGUGACAUUAAUUUUUAAUAAAAAACUUGUGGAAGCAGAUUUGGAUCUUGGAAAACUCAAAUUUUUAGAUACAAACACGAAGAAAAUAUUAAAUGUAGAAGCUGAAUUAAUAAUUGGGGCAGAUGGUGCACAUUCUACAGUAAGAAAAAUGAUGUUAAAGCGACCAGGAUUUGAUUUUUCACAAACAUACAUUGAACAUGGCUACGUAGAACUCAACAUUCCUCCUCACUUGAUUGAUAAAAAUCAUCCAGAGAAAGGAUUCAAAUUUUGUAUGAGUCCAAAACAUUUACACAUUUGGCCUAGAGGAACAUUCAUGAUGAUUGCAAUGCCUAAUGAUGAUUUCACUUUUACUGGCAAUCUCUUUGCACCUUUGAAAAUCUUGAAUGGUUUAGAUACACCAGAGAAGUUAGUGCAGUUUUUUACCGAAGAAUUUCCAGAUAUUCUCCCACUUCUUGGUAGUACCCAAGUACUCAUCGACAACUUUUUUUCAAUUAAACCAAAAACAUUAAUAUCUAUCAAAUGUAAUCCUUAUCAUAUGGGAAAAAGUUUAAUUCUGGGAGAUGCAGCACAUGCAAUGGUACCUUUUUAUGCUCAAGGGAUGAAUGCUGCUUUCGAAGAUGUUCUGAUACUCAAUGAAUUGAUGGAUAUUUAUGACGAGGAUAUGUCCAAAGUAUUACCUGAGUUUUCAAAAGCUCGUUGUGCAGAUGCUCAUGCUAUUUGUGACCUCGCAAUGUAUAAUUAUAUUGAAAUGCGUGAGCUUGUAAUGAAAAAAUCAUUUCGUUUACGUCGAAAUAUUGAUACUUUGCUUCAUCGAUUGUGGCCAAAUGGUUGGAUACCACUGUAUAAUACUAUUCAUUUCACUCGGAUGGGCUUUCGACGUUGUAUUGAAAAUCGUUCAUGGCAAGAUAUGGUAAUUCAGCGUUGUAUGUGGGGCUUAUUUAUUCUUGUGACAUUAGGAAUACUCCUGCUCUCUAUUCACGUUAAGUAAUCAUUCCAAUCAUUUUAUAAUAAUCAUUUUAUUCAUAUCCUAUUUUAGAAUUACAUAUUAUACGUAAAUAAACACUAUGUUGCAAGGACUUUUUAUAUUGAUACAUUCUAUAACAAUUUUUGUAACUUAUUUUAUAUGUUUGUCAUAAAUAAAUACAAUAUUUUCCAAGAUUAUGACAGAUAAAAAUGCACGUUCUAUAACAUAAUGAAACAUAUAAACAUCUAUAAUUAAAAUUUUUGUAAGCUUGAAAAAAUAUUGUCAACUAAAAUACUACUCUUAAUAAAAAUAGAUAACAGAUUUAUAACAUAUGUUAUUUCAU